CUUCCUAAUUAAUACGUUUUUACGCCAGCAAGCGAUUACGCUAUCAGUAAAUGCAUGAUAGUAGUCACAAAAAUGUAUUAGCAGAAUAUAUAAUAUUCCAUCUCAGCAUUUUAUUUAGUUACUCUAUCGCUGCCAUUCGAAGUGCUACGAUCAUGUUAAAGUUGUCCGUUCUCGUUUUGCUAAUAGCUACGACGCUCCAGGCGGUCCCAUCGUUCGCACAGUACCCAUGGCGCAGAGGUCAUCGCGCUCAAGAUUCAGAUAUGUCCAAUGACGUUUCGUUUGUGCCUCCCAACAGGCAUCAUGCACGACACCAUGAAGCUCCUCGCGCACUGAGUGUUCAAGAGAGUAACGAGGAACCCAAAGUUGAUGAAGUAGCCCAAGAAAAAUUACAAGAAGUUUAUGAUAAUUUGGCCGAUCACAUACUGCAAGAGACCUCUCCGGAACAUCGCUUUGAGGUAGCGAAACGUUUAACUGAAGGCUCAAAGCGCGAAUGGAGUAGUAUCGGGGAGUUCUUGCAAUACUGGAGCAAAAUGAUAACGGAAUUGAAGAAAGAAAACGAAACGCAAGAACAAAUUGAUAAAGUCGUGGAAGACGAAUACGACAAUGAGAUUAUUGAGUAAAAUCUGUAAUCUAUAUAGGCGCUUGUAUACAAGAUCUAUGUAAUGUUAAAUAUGUAUAUAAGGAACAUUCUUAUAUUUUCUGUAUAAAAUAAAAUAUAAUAGCAAUUUUUAUACCGUAAUAAAAUUCACUUAUCUUUUCAUA